AUGUCAACUGUAUUGGACCACACCUACUCUGCUACUAAGCUACGUGUUACUUCAUUACACCCGAGUCUAACGAUUUCAUUUAACCGAUUAAAAUCGCCCUUGGAAGACGACAUCAUUGUCCUGCAUGCAGAUGGGUGGGACAACCUCAUUCGCUUCUCAAUCUGGAUCGUGUAUAUAAAGAAGGCAGCAGCCUCUUCUCAUCGUGUUAAUCCAUCACCACUUCUGGAAGACGAAGGCACGAUGUACCGAACUGUGGUUUUAACUGCUCUGGUGGCCGUUGUCGUGGCCCAAGAGGCACUUUUCGAAAAGUACGGCUUCACCAAGACCAUGGCUAGCUGUUUCGGGGAGAAAGCCUAUUACGACUUCCUGGCCAGAGCUGGUAGGGCCCAACGAGAGUGCCUACAACUUCCGGUCUCAAAUCUGUACAGACUUGACUUCUCUCUCUAUUCGCACUUGGGGCAUCCACUCCACUUCGGAGGAGAGUCCCAGUACGUGCCCUUCCCCUCCUAUCAUCCGGUGCAUCCUGGAACUCAUGGGCAUCCAGGAAAUCAGGGUCAUCCAGGGCAAUACCACGCGCCUCAUUCCUACCAGCAAUUCCAGUACAGGAAGAAACGCCAAGCAGCAGAAUUCCAGCCACAAAAGGAUGGGCCUUUCUUUGAUAAAUAUUACCUCUUGGAUUCCGUCAAGAAGAUCACAGCUUCCCUCAGCAACUACACCUGCACACUCCACAAACUUGGUUAUAUUGAUGAAUAUCUGAACCUGGACCUCAACAACAUCGUCAAUAAUUACAAGAAUCUCACCAUUGGGGAAAACUUCAGGAAAGAUCUCGUCGAUGGUUUAUAUUACUGCAGAGACUUAUCGUACUGCCUCCCCCUGCAAAACCCCAGGUCUCCCCUUCCCAUCCACCUGCAGCGCCUUCUGAUGGCCAUGGAGUGCGAGAAGGAGACCAGGACCAACGCCUGCUUCAAGGAGGACCUCAGGAAGAACAUCGACGAGUUCGACCUCUCCUUCUUCCCCAAGGACGACGACCCCGAGGACCAACUGAAUAAGCUCUCAGCAAUUAUCACCGGAAUCGAUUCUCUCAACGAACUCGAGAUUCUUUGAGUUCGAGGCGUCGGAAGCGGAAAACUCUUUGGUGUCAAGGUCUAGGGAAAUAAAUCUGAUAACUUUUUCUCUAUACUGUUAAUGAAAACGUUCCUGAGCCAGAUGCAGCAGCAGCAGCAGAUACAUCGUGGAAAUGGAAUUCUCUUCGAUGUUUACGUUUCGCAUUUUCCCCGGAACUCUGGAAACUUUUGCGAAGAGUAAACGAAACUCUCCAACUUUUUACGGUUAAAUCGGUUAGCUCUGUUUAAGCAUAUCCUACCAGUGUGAUAUAUACGUAUGCGAAAUAAAUUUUAAGAGAAAAUCA